AAAAAAAAAACGUUGGAGCCUAAUAAGGCAAAUGUUAAAGCGGAACUGCGUCAAUCAUAGUAUCAUACUACUCCACUCCAGUAAUAUUUAGGAGUAGUUACUGCGAUAAACUGAUUUACUCGAACUGCAAAGGACACCCAGGAAGAUUUAGAGAGAAAGAUGAGCGGAGCAGGAGUUCCAGACUUCUUCUACAGAGAAGCUCAACGACUUGGUUACGUCGCUCGUUCUGCCUUCAAGUUGUUGCAAUUACAAGAGAAAUACAAGUUGAUUAAGCCAGGAUCAUCUGUGCUUGAUCUGGGUUGUGCUCCAGGCGCCUGGCUUCAGGUUGCUUGUCAGAGCUUGGGUCCUCCCAAAAGUGGUGGGGUUGUUGUGGGUAUUGACUUAAAGAAGGUGAAAGUUCCUUCUACUUAUUGUGAUGCUAGGGUCCAAACUGUUUGUGCUGAUGUUAUGAGCUUCUCUAGGGACCAUAUCAGGUCACUUUCCCCCAAGAAGGGAUUUUCCGUCAUUUUAUCAGAUAUGUGCCCUUUAGUAUCUGGAAUCAAAACAAAAGAUGCAGCCUUAUCGGCUGAGUUAGGCAUGCGAGCCCUUGACUUGGCUGUUGGAAGUGCUGUUCUUGCCCAGGAAGAAGAUGACGAGCAUGAGACGAAAGAAGAGGCUGAUACUGAAGAUGACAAGGGUAUCUUGCUUCCUGGGGGAAACCUUGUCAUUAAGCUUUUGGAGGGUGAAGAUAUGCAAGAAUUUGGUCAAAUGUGUAAACCACUCUUCAAAAAGGCAUCAUGGUUGAGACCCAAAGCUACUAGAUCUUCUUCACGAGAAAUAUAUUUGAUUUGUCAAGGAUUGCGUCCAAGUAGGCUUAGGAAUUUCUGAUAAGUUGACUGAGGGAAGAGAGUAAAAGAUUUUGGAAGAAAUUUCAAUUUUAUGGUGUUUGUGCUAGUUUGUAAUGAUUUGCAAUAGUUUAUUGACAGAAUUGAUUUGGCUUCCAUGAAUUUGGAGCCAUCAUUUGAGGAGAAAGUUUUCCAAUCUAAACCUACAGAAAUUCCAACUUUUGAUGAAUGAACAAACUAUCAUGUGUACAUUUUGUCUAAA